CUGCAAUUCGCAGGCUGCGGUACCACUGACCUGGAAAAAGGCAACCGCUAUCACCCUUCCGAAACUCUGCACACGCUGACCCGAUCCUCUGGCGUGCCUUCUGUAUCAUCCGUGGCUGCUCGAUAUCAUCCUUAAUUGAGCCUGCAUUUCUUGUCGCAAGAAAGUUUUCUGCUACAGCAGCCCCCAAAAUGGCCUCCGUGCAAGAAGUGAACCCUGCGGACGCAAAGAACCUGUCCUUUGUUCUUCAGAAGCCCUACAGCGUUAAAUUCGAGGAUCGUCCCAUCCCCCAGCUCAGAGACCCCUACGAUGUCAUCGUUAAUGUCAAGCACACCGGUAUCUGCGGUUCUGAUGUGCACUACUGGACUGACGGCGCCAUCGGUGACUUUGUCGUCAAGGCACCCAUGGUUUUGGGUCACGAGUCGGCUGGUAUCGUCGAGGAGGUGGGAGACAAGGUGACGACACUCAAGAAGGGCGACCGCGUCACACUGGAGCCCGGUGUUCCUUGCCGUAGAUGCCCACGUUGCAGAGAGGGCAAGUACAACCUCUGUGUCGACAUGGCCUUCGCAGCCACCCCUCCUUACGACGGAACUCUCGCCAAGUACUACCGUCUUCCCGAGGACUUUUGCUACAAGAUUGCGGACCAUGUUCCCCUUGAGGAGGCUGCACUGGUUGAGCCAUUGAGUGUCGGCGUGCACAUCACCAAGCAGGCCGACAUCAAGCCCGGCCAGAGCGUUGUUGUCUUUGGUGCUGGCCCUGUAGGUCUGCUCUGCAUGGCCGUCGCAAAGUCUUUCGGUGCCACCAAGAUCGUCGCUGUCGAUAUCAACGAGGAGCGUCUCGCAUUCGCACAGAAGUAUGCUGCCACUCAUGCCUUCCGCUCGCAAAGAGUCAGCCCUCAAGAGAACGCCAGGAUUCUCACAGAAGAGUGCGACCUCGGUCUGGGUGCCGAUGCCAUCAUCGACGCUACUGGAGCCGAGCCUUGCAUCCAGACCGCUAUCCACGCAGUGAGAACUGGCGGAACCUACGUUCAGGGUGGUAUGGGCAAGCCUGACAUCAACUUCCCCAUCAUGGCCGCUUGUAGUCGGGAGCUUACAAUAAAAGGAAGCUUCCGAUACGGUCCGGGAGACUAUCAAUUGGCUGUUGACCUCAUCACUUCCGGUAGCCUGAGCGUCAAGGAGCUCAUCACCGGUCGUGUCAAGUUCGAGGACGCUGAACAGGCAUUCAAAGACGUACAUGCGGCUAAGGGGAUCAAGGUCAUAAUCAACGGGCCGGAGUGAACGUACGGUCGAGUUGAGAAAAUACUAGUAUUUUAAUUGGGAUCAAGUACUUUUGGUAGCGUCUUGCUGAACGACAUCCGGGGGGUAUUACAGAACAAGACCCCUCCUUUCCAGAGCUGCACUUCUCAUAUCGACUCUCUUGCCGCAACGACACGUCGUGAUAAGACUAUGAAAAGCACCAAGAUUUUUGAGAUAACCGGUGCUGUCUCCGGAGAGCAGCUACUUGGCUUGCUC